AUGGGGCUGGGUUUGGGAGCUCUUCUCAAAUCCGGCGGGCUCUCGGUCUCGGACUACGACGCCAUCGUCUCGAUCAACAUCUUCAUCGCGCUGCUCUGCAGCUGCAUUGUCAUCGGCCACUUGCUGGAAGGGAACCGAUGGGUCAACGAGUCCAUCACAGCGCUUGUCAUGGGCCUCAUCACCGGAGGCGUGAUCCUGCUGGUCACUAACGGGACAAACUCACGCAUCCUUGUGUUCAGCGAGGACCUGUUUUUCAUCUAUUUGCUUCCGCCGAUAAUCUUCAAUGCCGGGUUUCAAGUAAAGAAAAAGCAAUUCUUCCGCAACUUUAUAACAAUUAUUUUGUUUGGUGCUGUUGGAACUCUGAUUUCCUUUGUAAUAAUCUCUCUUGGUGCUAUGGGAUUGUUCAAGAAACUUGACGUUGGUCCACUGGAGCUUGGGGACUAUCUUGCAAUUGGUGCUAUUUUCUCUGCGACAGAUUCUGUUUGCACCUUACAGGUGCUUAACCAGGAUGAAACACCCCAACUCUAUAGUCUAGUUUUUGGUGAAGGUGUUGUUAAUGAUGCCACAUCUGUUGUGCUCUUCAAUGCAAUUGAAAACCUUGAUAUUGCUAAUUUUGAUGCUAUUGUUCUGUUGAAUUUCGUCGGAAAAUUUCUCUACCUGUUCUUCACCAGCACCAUACUUGGAGUAGCUACUGGGUUGCUUAGUGCGUACAUUAUCAAGAAGCUCUGUUUUGCCAGACAUUCAACUGAUAGAGAAGUUUCUAUCAUGAUACUCAUGGCAUACCUUUCGUACAUGCUGUCAAUGCUGUUGGACCUGAGUGGCAUUCUUACUGUCUUCUUCUGUGGAAUAGUAAUGUCACAUUACACUUGGCAUAAUGUGACAGAAAGUUCUAGGGUUACCACUAAGCAUACUUUUGCAACUUUAUCAUUCAUUGCAGAAAUUUUCCUCUUCCUCUAUGUUGGGAUGGAUGCAUUGGACAUUGAGAAGUGGAAAUUAGCUAGUAGCAGUCCUAAGAAACCAAUUGCUUUAAGUGCAAUUAUAUUGGGAUUGGUUAUGGUAAUCAUAUGGUGGGCUGGUCUCAUGAGAGGAGCCGUGUCAAUUGCACUUGCCUAUAACAAGUUUACAUCAUCUGGUCAUACUGAAGUGCGAGUUAAUGCUAUCAUGAUCACCAGCACAGUUAUUGUUGUUCUAUUCAGCACAAUGGUUUUCGGUCUGCUGACCAAGCCGCUGCUUAGUCUCCUCAUCCCACCAAGGACUGGCCUGAACACGUCAUCUCUGCUCUCAAGCCAGUCUAUUCUGGACCCACUUCUUACUAGCAUGAUGGGGUCUGACUUUGAUGUAGGACAGAUCAACUCACCUCAGUACAACCUCCAGUUUAUUCUCACAGCGCCAACUCGCUCUGUCCAUCGCCUUUGGCGCAAGUUUGACGAUCGGUUCAUGCGCCCGAUGUUCGGGGGGCGAGGUUUCGUUCCCUUUGUGCCUGGUUCGCCGGUGGAGCGGAGCGUCCCUGAACCUUACCUGGGCACUGUGACGGAGGCUGAGCAUAGUUGA